CAGUACGAACCUUACUCUGAACUCCUCUUCUCUAUCUCUCCUGCCCAAUGUUGCUGUCUCUUUCUGAUUCAUAUUCCCUGUAAGAUAAAGAUGAAGCUAACACUACUCUUCUACACACCUUCUUCAACUUUCCACACAAAAUGCUUCUAACAACAACUGCAAACUUUUUCUUUGACAAUUUCAGUUACAAUAUAUUUGGGUCAAAAUGACCGGAGUUCCUUUGGUAUUUGACUCUCCGAUUCAAGACGCCAUUUCUAGCAUUCAGUUUGCGCCGCAAUCAAACAACCUUCUCAUCUCUUCUUGGGAUUCUUGUUUGCGGUUGUACGAUGUGGAUGGCUCGGUGCUUAGGUUAGAAGCUUCUUCGGAAGCUUCGCUUCUCGACUGCUGUUUCCAGAACGAGCUCGUUGGUUUUAGUGCUGGUUCUGAUGGUUCCGUUAGAAGGUAUGAUUUUCAUUCCGGAACUAGUGAGGUGGUUGGAAAUCAUGACGAUCUUUCAAUUUGCGUUGGAUAUUCUAAUGAAACAUGCCAAGUAAUCAGUGUUGGUUUGGACAAUAAGAUAUUAGCCUGGGACACACGUAUGGAGAAGGAACUUUUGUGUUUGGUAAAUGUAGGAUCAGAAGUGCAGUCAUUGUCACUUUCAGGAUUUGAAAUGAUGGUAGCAGUUGGAAGAUCAGUGUAUGUGUAUGACUUGCGUAACUUAGCAAAAUCGAUUCCAUCAAAAAAAUCUGAUAUGGAUGUUAAUAUAAAGUGCAUCAGUUCAGUUCCUCAUUCUAGAGGAUUUGCUGUUGGCUCAGUAGAUGGACGUGUAGCAUUGGAGAUGUCUUCUUCAUCAGAUUCAAAUGACAUCAGAUACAUGUUUCGGUGUCAUCCAAAGUCAACAGAAAAGAGACUUCAUCUAGUGUCAGUGAAUGACAUUGUAUUUAAUACACUUAUGGACAGUGCUUUUUAUACUGGUGAUAAUGAGGGUUAUGUUAUUGGAUGGGACGCUCAAAGCAGGAAAAGACUAUUUGAGUUGCCUAGAUACCCAAAUAGCAUCUCAUCCUUAUCGAUCAACAAUAAAGGACAACUUUUGGCUGUUGCAUCUAGCUACACUUACCAAGAGGCUAAAGAAAGAGAAGAUAUUCCUCAAAUAUUCAUACAACAAAUUGACGAUGUCAGUACGAAUUCAUUUUAUUGUGGAAGUUCAAGUAGGAAGUGACCAUUCACAAGAUGACUGCGGAGAUGACAGAAAUAAAAAUGGGUUGGAAGUAGCUUGAAUAGACCUAGUUAGGCUUGCUCCCACUUUGUCAUUUUCUUUAUGGUGAUGUUUGUAACAUUGCUAUCUACUAUUUAAUGUGUUUAUAUAAGAUGUGAAUCUGUAAUAUAACUCGUACUUACGAACAUCAUUUUCUUUUAUUCUGUAACACAAUGAUGACUCUUUUCAGUUUCUGAUAUCAAUUUUGAAAGUCUGAAAUCAAGACUUUAGAUCAAA